UCUUGAUACUUUUUUUGACGGUGUUCAUUGUCCCUAGUUGAACUACCAUAUAUAGAAGUAUCAAUACUCAAUAGUAUCUCAUCCUCCACCAACAUUUCCGUUCUAGCAAAGUUUUGCUUUGUCCAAAGUUUCAAAAAUGGACGCACAAAAGCUCCUCUUCACUGUUCUCUGCUUUUUCCUCUUAUUCCUUCUCUCAGGGGAACCAGUCGUACAAGCACGUUUAGCUCAUCACCACCACCACCGUCUCUUUAAUUUUCGUCCAUCAAAGCUCUUUGUCUUUGGAGAUUCAUAUGCUGACACUGGUAACAACAAGAAAUCUGAAGCUAACUCUUGGAAAUACCCUUAUGGAAUCACUUUUCCUGGAAAACCAGCUGGUCGUUACUCAGAUGGCCGUGUCCUCACCGAUUUCCUUGCUAAGUUCAUAGGUUUGAAGUCUCCAAUUCCAUACAGAUUGAGGGAAUAUGGGGUCAAUGACUUGAAAUAUGGCAUGAACUUUGCUUUUGGAGGCACUGGUGUGUUCAAUACGUUGGUUUCAGACCCAAACAUGACCACCCAGAUUGAUUUCUUCCAAGAACUCAUCAAAACUAAUGCGUUCAACGCUACGGACGUAGAGUCCUCUGUGGCACUCGUCACCUUAUCUGGUAAUGAUUAUGGUGCUUACGAGGUUAGGAAUGGGACUGCUCAGGGUUUUCCAUCCUUCAUUACCUCAGUAGUCAAGCAACUUAAAGUCAACUUGAAACGCAUUCAUGGCUUGGGUGUAAAGAAAAUUGCUGUGACAACUUUACAGCCUUUGGGAUGUCUCCCUAGGAGCACAAUCAAAUCCUCAUUCCAACAAUGCAAUGGAACAGAAAACUCACUUGUUAGCUUCCAUAACCUUUUGUUGCAGCAAGCUGUGGCAAAGCUGAACAACGAAACCAAAGUUUCUACUUUCGUCAUUCUCAAUCUUUAUGACUCGUUCAUGUCCGUAUUAAAGAACAAAGGAGACCAGACAGGAAGUACUAAGUUUGAGAACCCACUGAAACCAUGUUGUGGUGGUAUAAGCAGUGAAUAUUACUGUGGAAGUGUAGAUGUGAAUGGGACCAAGAAAUACACACUAUGUGAUGACCCCGAAUCAGCAUUCUUUUGGGACUCAGCUCAUCCUACACAACAAGGAUGGAGUGCUGUGUAUUCAGCUUUGCAAACCACUCUUAAACACCUUAAUUACUAGACUUAACAAGAACGACGAGGUUUAAAAAUUAUUGUGGUGUAAUUUGUUUGUUUUGUAAUUUCCUAGUUUCUAUUAUGUCUUUAUUUGUCUGUGAAGCCAUUUUUGUUCAGUUGUAACUUGUAAUAUGGUUUGGGGGUAGAUCAUAUGUAAGAAUGAAAUAAAUAAAUUUGCAUAAUCAGCAUUAACAUUGGAUCAGUCCCAUUUGUCCUAGGUGUAGUCGAGUCCACAAUUCACGUUUUGCGGGAUUGCCUUGGGCUGUUCAAUAUUGGCACUCACUUCUUGAGGUCCUUUAUCAAUCUGAAUAGAUGGUCCUUCCUAUUCACACA